AAUUCACUAAAAGUCUAAAGUUGGCGAUAGAACACAUGCAAAAAAUCCCUUUCACAACCAGGGCAUAAUGGACGUUUCUUUGAAAAACAGCGCGCGCUGCACUUUGGCUCCUGAAUAGCGACGUCACAAAGGGCUAAAGCGCGGUGGGCGGUGCCGCACAGGGUAACGAUUGCGCAUGCGCGCCGUAGUGAACGCAGCAAUCAGUCAGUCAGAAUCUUCGAAGUAAAGCAACACAAGAGGAGCAGCGGAGGCAGCAGCAGCAUGGCCGGACACACGGAGAGCGCACACACCGCCACGGCCCCGCACGCGCUGCUGCAGGGACCGGGGCCUUAAAAUCACACACUCUUUUUAUUUAUUCCUCUCCUUUUUAUCUGUCUUUUUUUUCUUUCUUUUUGCGAACCAAAGCGAUUGGAUACAUUUAAAAAAAUAUUUUUGUUCAUAUUUUUAAUCAUUCUGGAUGCUGGAAUUUUUUUUCUUUCUUAUCUUCUUUAAAAUGCCAAACCAAAGAGAACGGAAAUUAAAUUAAAAAUCUUUAAGACUUUUUAUUAUCUGAAAUAAAAAGAGGCCUCGCCAUAAAAAUAAAUAAUAAAAAAAAACAAUUAAAAAAACAAUAAAAAUCCAGAGAAGGAGGCUGUACAGGAUAAGGAGGCGAAGGAGGACAAACUUUUAAGCACGUGAGGAACUUUUGACUCUUUGGCGAGCAGAUAGAUGAUUUGUCUACGAGCUCUCGCGCACGAUGAACGCGCAGCUGUCGAUGGAGAGCCUGGGCGAUCUGCACGGCGCGAGCCAUGAGUCGCCGGUGGCGGCCCACGCGCGCACCGCGGUGGGCAUGGCAUCAAUCCUAGAGAGCGGGGACUAUCCUCAUCAUGCUCAUCCGCACCAUCCUCAUCCUCAUCAUCCGCACGCUCAUCCGCAUCCUCAUCAGCACCGCCCCCCGGAGCACGCAGGUCUUGCUGGCCACCUGCACGCGGCGAUGAGCGGCGCCAUGGCAUGCGAGGCGACCGCCGGUAUGGGCAUGAGCGGCACCUACACCACGCUCACGCCGCUGCAGCCUUUACCUCCCAUCUCCACAGUGUCCGACAAGUUUCCUCAUCAUCCUCAUGCUCACGCUCAUCCUCAUCAGAGGAUCGCCGGAAACGUCAGCGGGAGCUUCACGCUCAUGCGGGACGAGCGCGCGCUGGCCUCCGUCAACAACCUCUAUGCGCCCUACCACAAGGACGUGGCGAGCAUGGGCGCCAUCCACGGCUCCCAGCAUGCACUGCCCCCACCACCGCCGCCGCCUUACACCCACGAGAAGAUGCUCGCGCCCGCCGGAUUUGAGUCCCAUCACCCCUCCAUGCACGCGAGCAGCGUCACUUCGUCCACCUCGUCCUCGUCUUCAUCUUCGUCCUCCUCCCCGGCCACGGGCAUGAUGGUGCAAAUCAAUGGCAUCCAUCACCACCACCACCACCACCAGCACCACCAUCACCCUCAUCAUCCGCACGCACACCUGAGUGCGCAGGGACACCACCACCACCACCACGCGCAGGGAGCUCUCGGUGCCGCGCGGGACCGGGAGCACGCGACGCCAGUGGAGGAAGUGAACACCAAAGAGGUGGCGCAAAGGAUCACUACGGAGCUGAAGCGCUACAGCAUCCCACAGGCCAUCUUCGCUCAGCGCGUGCUGUGCCGAUCGCAGGGAACUCUCUCCGACCUGCUGCGGAACCCCAAACCAUGGAGCAAGCUCAAGUCCGGCCGGGAGACGUUCCGCCGCAUGUGGAAGUGGCUGCAGGAGCCCGAGUUCCAGAGGAUGUCCGCGCUGCGCCUCGCAGGGGCAGGGUCCAGGUUUGUAAACACGAGGUGGCAAAAACAAGAAAGGAAAAGCGCACAUAGGGCAUGCAAAAGGAAGGAGCAGGAACACGGGAAGAACGAGCGAGGAAGCGUCUCAAAGAAACCACGACUGGUUUUCACCGACGUCCAGCGUCGGACUUUACAUGCAAUAUUCAAAGAGAACAAGCGGCCGUCCAAAGAGUUACAAAUCACCAUCUCUCAGCAGCUGGGCCUGGAGCUCGCCACCGUCAGCAACUUCUUCAUGAAUGCUCGCAGGCGGAGUCUCGAUAAGUGGCUGGACGACGGAGGCUCCAACUCGGCCAACUCCUCGUCCAGCACUUGUACCAAAGUGUAACAGCUGCAGACUGACCCCAAAAACCCUUCGGUGGAAAAGCUUUAACCUAAAAGAAACUAAGCCAGAGAACUUCUGGACAUAGUUUUUUUUUUUUUUUUGCCCUUAAGACUUGUACAAUACUGAUAUUUAUAAUAUCCAAAGAAAAAAACAACCAAACAACCAAAGACUUCUCCUUCUUCUUCUUCUUCUCCUCAUUCUUCUCCUUCAGCGAGUAUUUAAGACUUUAUUCGUUUAUGUCUGCAAGAAAGAAGUGUUACUGUGCGAAUCAUACACCCCAGCUUCCCACGCUCACUCACACCUCUCAUUCUCGCUCCACCUGAUUGGUUGGACUCUUUCUCAUCACUGAUUGAACACUGACUCUUCCUUGGAGUUGUUGUAUCAUUUUAUUUUUUUAUUUUAUUUUAUUAUUGUUUGGUUUUAUUUUGCGCGAUUUGAGGCGUGUGACAUCGAACGAGUUUAAGCACUGUGUCCAAACGGAGACGAGCACAGGUGUGAUGAUGAUGUCACUCGUGUGCUUUGAGCUCCGCCCCUUUUCACCCACCUUCCCCUUCUUUCCCCCCAUUUCCGAAAAAAAUAGUAAAACGAUUCUCCAGGGUUUGAGGAUAAAAAACAUGAAGCUGUAGCAUCUUCUCACGGUUUUCCUCGAAUUCCUCGUAGUGCUUUCUUCCUAACUGUCAGGAAAACUACUGUAGGAUGCGUUACAUCCAUCGACCAUUUCACCUUCACGUGUAGCAAUCAAUCAAGUACGGAACCAAAGAAGCAUGUGUUAAAGAGACGCUCCAAAUUUCUACAUUCCAAUCAAAAACAAUUGGUAGAAACUUAAAUCAUCGAGCUGAAAUCAUUCACAUUUUAUCCAAUCGCUUUCUACGCUUUGUGGCGUGAUACGUUCAGGGAAAACUUCACUAGCUUUAAAAUACUUUGCUCAAAGUUUUGAUCAAAAAAAUAAUUAUGAAAAACGCCAGCAGCUAAACACCAAAGAUGGGCCGUCGUCUAUCGACUAAUCAGAAGCACGUAAGCCCGAGAGGGACGCUACUCCUCCACCCACGAGUGAUCACGUGACACACAGGGACUGAACACGGACCGCGGACCGUACUGACGCACUGUAUCACAAGAACACAAACGUUUAUGUCUUUAUUCAUUAGCAACAAACUCCAACAAACACACAGCAAAACUCCGGAGCUUAAAGUUUGCUUGAUUUUAACGACAAUCUGGGGCUUAAAAAAUGGUGCAGGAGCUUUAUAUCAUUCCAGAUGGAGGCGUCUGUCUCGCAUUUUCUUUUUUCGUUCCUUCCAUUAGAAACUCUAUUGAGCUGAAACGAAGUUUAGCCCCUUUUUUUUUGCCCCAGAGUUUGAAUAUGUGUAUUGUUGUUCACAUUAUAUCCACUAGGGGGCAGGGACGCUCAUCGCUUACCGGAAGAACGUACAUAUAGAAUGUAGAAUUGUUAGCAUCGCUGUCACGAAUCGUCCACCUGUAGGAAUCUACCUCCUUCUAUCAACACAUGCAAGCACACACACACACACACACACACACACACACACACACACACACACACACACACACACACACACACACAAUAAAAUACACCGUCCUGUUAUUUCAGCACCUGACUUCGAACCUUCUAAUCCCUGGUUUCUGUUUUUUUGGAGUAGCAGAAUAAUUCUAUGCAUUAGCCGCUUGGGGAGAAAGCACUACGAGCUUCACCAACCUCCCGGAGGAAGCCACUCCAGCAGUCACGAGAUUCUGGCCUGCUUCUUACAGGUCACUUGUGGUGUGGUGUGGUGUGGUGUGGUGUGGUGUGGUGUGGUUAGCUUUACCAAACAAAAAAAAACUAGGUUCUCUCUCUAUACUGGGUGAUUAUUUAUGCGUGUUCCAUUUGACGACCUUGUGUAGAAAAGAUCCCAAUAUCUUCAGCCCUGCUUGUAUUUUUAGUGCGAACCAAAGAUGCUACCUCACUCAGUUCUCAUUAGUGAGUUCUAUCACGUUAAUGAUACCAAAGAAUACCAAAGAGCUUUCUUUCUUUUUUUGUUGUUGUUGUUUUCUUUUCCUCUCUUUUUUUGCACGGCCUUCGUUGAUGAUGUGGUGGAUAAAAUGGAUGGUGUGAUGAUCGCCCAGCCUCCUAUCCUGUUCUUUCCUUUCCCUCUCUCUCUCUCUCUCUCUCUCUCUCUCUCUCUCUCUCUCUCUCUCUUGUUUUCUCUCCUUCACUCUGCAUGCUCUUUUUCAUCCGUGCUCGUGCGACUUUGAUUAAAAACUCACAGGACGAGUGCCUUGCUUGAACCAAAGUGUUAAACCGUCGUUAACCUCUCUCUCUCUCUCUCUCUCUCUCUCUCUCUCUCUCUCUCUCUCUCUCUCUCUCUCUCUCUCUCUCUCUCUCUGUCUGUCUG